AAAGACAGAGUGUGUGUCAGUUUUGUGUCAGAUGGUUUUGUGGUGUGUCUCUGCAGCAGCGUGUGACUAUUUGAACGUUCAGACUGUAUGUGGACGGAGUUGAGGACAGUGUCAUUGCUGCCUGUAUAAAGUCAGAGCCGCGGAGAGCAGGGGAGUGAAGUGGAGGAUUUCAGAUCAGGACCUGACCGACAGAAAGCAGGAAAACAUGCCGAGGUCUUUCCUGGUGAAGAGUAAGCGGGCCCACAGCUACCACCUGCCCCGGUACCCAGACGAUGACUACACCAGACUGGACACUAUCCUGGCACUAGUAGGCGCAGAGAACAAAUGCCAGAAGGAGAUGGAGCCGCAGGAGGAUGUCAUCGCCGGUGAUGACGGACUUUCCCCUGGGUCCAGGCUGCUGUCCCCGGGGUCCAUGUCCUCUAGUUCUCCGCUGAGCUGUGGAGGCAGUGUGUGUGACCGAUCCUCCGACUGUGAUUUCUGGCGACCCCCUUCUCCAUCCUCCUCACCAGAUUCAGAGAAGUGCUCCACUCCUUCAGCGGAGGAAGGCCAUCACUUAAACAUCCCUCACUUUCCUUACUCCUGGACGGCCUAUUCCGGCUCGGAGCUGAGGCAUCUCGCACAGGGGCCUUUUAAUCCUCCUCCUCCUCAUCACCUUCAGGGCUACAGGGAGCCUCACUCCCCACCUUACAGUGCAGAGGAUAGUAGCACCGAGCAGCUUUACGCACAGCGGGGCCCAGCGUCCGGAUGUUACCAUGACUUCUCUUCAGCGGGUCAACAGAUCUGCAGGAUGCGGGACCGAGACGAACUUUAUCUGCAUGCGAAGCAGAAGCAACGUGGGGUCGAAAUCAAGUCUGAAAGUGACUUUAUUUGUUCUAAUCUCGAGUCAAGUGGAUCCUACAAGUGUAUUAAAUGUUGCAAGGUGUUCUCCACUCCUCACGGUUUAGAGGUUCACGUGAGGCGCUCGCACAGCGGGACGCGGCCUUUUGAGUGCGGGAUCUGCGGGAAAACGUUCGGUCAUGCAGUGAGCCUGGAUCAACAUAGAGCGGUGCACUCGCAGGAGAGGAGCUUCAGCUGUAAAAUCUGCGGCAAAAGCUUCAAGCGCUCCUCCACGCUGUCCACGCACCUGCUUAUCCAUUCGGACACGCGGCCCUAUCCGUGCCAGUACUGCGGGAAGAGGUUCCACCAAAAGUCCGACAUGAAAAAGCACACGUUCAUACACACAGGUGAGAAGCCACACAAGUGUCAAGUGUGCGGGAAGGCCUUCAGUCAGAGCUCCAACCUGAUCACACACAGCAGGAAACACACGGGAUUCAAACCCUUCGGCUGUGACCUGUGCGGGAAAGGGUUCCAGCGGAAAGUGGAUCUGAGAAGACACAAGGAGACGCAGCACGGACUCAAAUGAGCACGAAAUCCUGCACUUUAUAUAUAUAUAUGUAUUCAAACUGUGUUUCAUUUUAUUCUAUUUAUAUCGAAUUGCAAUUAUUUCUAUUGUUGAAUGUGGUUAAUUAUUUAGCCUUGGAUACUCUGGUUGAUUUAUGGAAAUAAAUCUUUAUUUAUCAAGUA